AUGCUCCUUGAUCACCUUGAGUGGGCCAUUCAAGGUGUAAUAAUCGAAGAGAAUGAUGAUCAUAUGAUGGAAGAGGUUCACUUGUUUGACGACAUGGAUGCAAAAACCCGUAGGCUCUUAAAGAUUUACAUCAAACUCGGUUGGAAAAAACUGAACGAUUACUAUGAUAAACUGACCUCGACCGCCUAUGUGGCGGCGGUUGUAUUCCAUCCGAGUAAGAAAUGGCGAGCUUUAGAGCAGCUUUGGAAUCAGCUGCCGUCUCGUCAGACAUCAGGGUGGAAAAAAGCUUACGCCGGGAACUUGACAAGCAUCUGGGAGGAAAAUUACAAGCACAUGGCUCACGAGCCAGCCUGCAAUGCCAUGUCAGCAUCUGGAAGCCAUGAUGCCUUGGACUACAUUGAGCGCCGAUUGGCGUUUAGUCGAUCAAUCGUUCGUCAAGACGCCGAAGGACUACAAAGUAAACGGCCAAAACAGCCAACCGCACUCCCAACACAAGACGAGCUCGAUCAAUACCUGUCUGAGCCGCUGGUAGAUAACAUCGCCUACAAAGCCGAUCCGAUUGCUUGGUGGAGAGACGUUGGCGCUGUGCGGUUUCCCCAGCUCUCUUACAUGGCGGUUGAUUUCCUCACAAUUGCGUCGUCUUCCGCCGAAACAGAGAGAGACUUCAGCAGUUGCGGGAGGAUGGUCACACCGCUCAGAUGCCGCCUACGACGUCACAUAGUUGGCAUGGCACAAUGCCUUCGAUCGUGGAGUAGGGCUGGCAUUUAUCAACCACAUCUCCCUCUAGAUCUCCUUGAAGGAGAUAAUUGGAGACAAGUACUUCAGUUAAUAGGCAGAGUCAACGGAGAUAUGAAGGACCAGGACUAG